CUUGACAAUAAACUAGCAAUCGUGUCUGGGGCAGCGUUUGAUUCGUAUGAGAAUCAGCAUAAGGAUGAAUGUCUUCCGGGCACACGGACCGAUAUCCUCAAUCAAAUCAAAGAAUGGGCUGCGUCCCCAUAUAGGGAAGGCAUAUUCUGGUUAUAUGGAAUAGCUGGAACCGGAAAGUCGACUAUCUCUCGAACGAUAGCGAAAUCUUUCAGCGAAGUGCGUUCACUUGGAGCAAGUUUUUUCUUUGAGAGGGGCGAAGGAGACAGAGGGAAUGCAAAGAAGCUUUUCCCAACAAUUGCUAGGCAACUAGCAAUUACUAAUCCUUUGCUGGUGCCAAUCCUGCACCAAGCAGUAUCGCAGCAAAGGGACUACGGUAUCGCAGCAAAGGGACUACGGGAGCAAUUCGACAAGCUCCUUCUUCAACCACUCCAAAAACUUCACCGAUCUAAUAUCUCACUUCAGACUAUGGUGAUAGUUAUCGACGCAUUAGACGAAUGCGAGGGAGAUGGUGACAUACAGCUUAUACUCCAACUCCUCCCACAACUUCAAAAGGCAGCUACAAUGCGUCUACAAGUGCUUUUAACAAGUAGGCCCGAUUUACCCCGUCUCCAUGAUAUUCCUUUAGAAGUGAUCGAGCACGAUAUAUCCUUAUUCUUUAGUCAUCGACUUGCAGAAAUUAGGAUAAUGCAUCGCCUCUCCACAGAAUGGCCAGGCGAGAGAGAUCUCCAAAGGCUAGUCGCUUUAUCCGUUCCAUUAUUCAUCUUCGCUGCCACUAUUUGUCGCAUGUUUGAAGAGCGUGAUUGGGACCCUGUCGAUAGCCUUUCUGAAGUCUUGACGCAUCAAGAUGAUCGAACAAGGCUAGCUGGGACAUACCUUCCGGUUCUUGAUCGUCUUCUUAGAAGACAAAAUAAGAACCAAAAAGAACAGCUGGUCUCGCAGUUCCACCAGGUGAUCGGUGCUAUAGUGAUACUAGAGAGUCCACUUUCUAUAGACGCACUAUCAAAGCUUCUAGGCAUCUCUCAGCGGCUUAUACAUCUUCGACUAAGUCCGCUUCAGUCAGUACUAAGAGUGCCAGACAAUGACACAACACCUAUACGGCUUUUUCACCUGUCUUUCAGAGAAUUUCUUCUUGAUCCAAGCACCAGAAUGAAGACCCCACUCGGUAUAAGCAAGACAGAGAUGCACAAUAUGUUGACCAGAAAAUGCCUCCUCGUGUGUCAAAAACUAAAGGAGAAUAUCUGUCAACUACCGAGUUAUGGGAGCCAACGUGUGGAAGUUGAUUGUCAAACUAUCAAUGAUCAUCUUCCUCCAGAGAUGCAGUAUGCUUGUCGGUACUGGGCACAUCACUUAGUGCAAUGCGCGGGGUUGACCAACAUAGUCCAUGAAGCUCAUUCAUUGCUCCAAACGCAUUUUUUGCACUGGAUAGAAGCAAUGAGUCUAUUGGGCCAUACGUUAGAAAUAUCGGGUAUUCUUGAUCUCCUCCGAACAGCUAUAGGGGGAAACGGCUCUUCUCUGAUUUCACAGUUUUUCCACGAUGCUAAGCGCUUUAUUCUAAAAACUCAACAUAUCGUUGAUCAAGCUCCACUUCAGGUCUAUCGUGCGGGACUUCUAUUUUCACCCCAGACGGCAAUAAUUCGUUCAGUCUUCACGGAGGAGCGUUCUCGUUGGAUAAGCCAGUCACCAGUAGUUGAGGAAAUAUGGGGUGCAGAACUACAGACUCUCGAAGGCCAUUCGGAUUCGGUUUUGUCGGUCACUUUCUCACCGGAUGGCCACCUUCUAGCAUCUGGGUCUAAAGAUCGGACAAUACAUCUCUGGAACCCAGCAACGGGUGCGAUUAUACAAACCCUCGAAGGCCAUUCCGGCUCAGUUCACUCCUUAUCCUUCUCGCCUGGUGGUCAUCUACUAGCAUCUGGAUCUAAUGAUAAGACAUUACGGAUCUGGGACCUAGCAACGGGUGAAGAGUUGCAUGUUCUCGAGGGCCAUUCGGGUUCGGUUUUGUCGGUCACCUUCUCACCGGAUGGCCACCUUCUGGCAUCUGGGUCUGAAGAUCGGACAGUACGCCUCUGGGAUACAACUACAGGUGUCUCAAAGCAGAUUUUUGAUAGCUAUUCGAGCUCGGUUAACUCGGUUGUCUUCUCGCCUGAUGGCCAGGUGCUAGCUACUGGUUCUGCCGAUUGGAUUGUGCAUCUCUGGGACUUGGUGACAGGCAGGCUACAGAAGACUAUUGAUGGCCAUAUGACCUUGGGCUUUGUUCUGUCGGCAGCCUCUGAAUCUGUAGCCUUCUCACCUGACGGUCAGCUACUAGCAUCUUGCUCUGCAAAUGAAACAGUACGCCUUUGGGACCCGAUGGCGGGCGGAAUUACUGAAAUUAUUAAUGGAGAUGACCCUGAGUCUCCGGUGCGAUUCAUGACGUUCUCGCCCGAUGGCCUUUCCUUGGCAUCCGGGUCUUUCGAUAGUCCAGCAGUAUGUCUUUGGAACACAGCUACGGGUGCCCUUACCCAUACUCUUGAUGGGCAUUCCCGUCCUGUGACUUCGGUGACCUUCUCGCCCGAUAGUCGACUACUGGCAUCCUGCUCUUCUGAUGGGACAGCACGCCUUUGGGGCUUACCGAUAGGCACUGUACAGCAGACUCUGAAUUCUCAAUACGGUUCGGUUCACUCGGCGGCCUUCUCAUAUGAUGGCAGAUUACUAGCGUCUUGCACAGAUAAUGGGAGAGUUUGCGUCUGGGACCUUGCAAGAGGCACACUAUACCAGACCUAUGAUUGUCAUUCGGAUUCGGUUCACUCGGCGGCCUUCUCAUCAGAUGGCAGACUACUAGCGGUUAGCACAGAUGAUGGAAGAGUCUGUGUCUACGACCUUGCGACAGCCGCAUUGUAUCAGACAGUUGAUGGUCAUUCGGAUUGGGUUAAUUCUUUGGCAUUCUCACCCGAUAGCCGACUACUGGCUUCCUGGUCUAUGGAUGAAACGGUGUGUCUCUGGGCCUUAGACGCGGACGGGCUCUCGGAAAUUUGGACUUUCGAAAUAACAGACGACACUUCCGAAUUUUCUCAGGACGGUCUAUAUUUCCACGCCGGUUUAAGCUCCCUCGAUGUUGAAAUGUCAUUUACAACUUCUGUGAAUCGAGACAUAUCUAUUGAGGACGGGCAAUGGAUAAGAUUAGACGGCGAAAGGAUUCUCUGGCUACCUGUCGAGUUUCGGCCUAGCCGCUUCAAGAUCAAUGGCAACAGACUUGCUCUGGGACAUGCAUCGGGGAAGGUAUCCUUUUUCCAGUUUUGUAAAUAG